UAGGAAUACUCAUGGGAGGAUCAUGGUUUCUCAUUCCUUAACAGCCUCUAUCCUUUAUUGAGUGAAUUGCUUGAUGAAAAGUUUAAAGUGGCAUCAGAAAUGACAUACAGACAUGUUGGUGCAACAAAAGACAUAGACACCAAACCAUUUCGAGAGGCAACCUGGUACUACAUUCAGUCGAUAAAAGGGAUCAGACAUGAUGACUACAACUAUGGCAAAGUCAACAAAGUACUUUCAAUCAAAUAUAAGACAUACAUUAGAAUGGUUGCUUGUUUUCCAGAGAAAGUGAGCUUGUUUGAUUUUCACAACUGUAUGGAUGGACUACAGUUCAGCGAAAAGGUACAUGUCAAUGUUUUAGUGAUGGAGGCAAGAUUACAAGCAGAACUUAUAUACUCACUAAAAGCACUAAUGAGUCACAUGAAAUAAAUAAUUAUAAUUAUAAUAUUUAGUCAAUUAUACCAGAAUUUUAGAAAU